UGCAUUUUCAGCUGGAGAACAACACUGGAUAUGCGCAGAAAAAGUGAGGAUAAGUGAGUUUCGGGGCCCACAGGAUGGACACUGCGGAGGUGAUUCUGUCUGUGUUGGUGGUUGUGAUUAUCAUAGUGUCGUUGCUGUCCAACGUCCUGGUGCUGGUCUGCUUUCUGUACAACCCGGAGAUCCGUAAGCAGGUCCCCGGUCUGUUCAACCUCAAUCUCACCUUCUGCAACUUGUUGCUGACCGUGUCCAACAUGCCGCUCACUUUGGUGGGACUCGUCAGUAAGACUCAGCCGGGAGGGGACGGCUUCUGCCAGAUCGUGGGCUUCCUGGAGACAUUCCUGUCCACCAACUCGAUGCUGAGCAUGGCAGCUCUGAGCAUCGACAGGUGGAUCGCGGUGGUGUUCCCCCUGAGGUACCACUCCAAAAUGCGCCACAAAGACGCAGCUUUGGUCCUCGGGUACACGUGGGUGCACUCCAUGUCCUUCUCCACGGUGGCCACCUGCCUCUCCUGGGUGGGAUACCACCGGCUUUACGCGUCCUGCACGUUGUCCAACCCGAGGGCGAGCAGCCGGACACCGUUUGUUAUCUUCACCGUCUUUUUCCACUCCUUUUCCUUCCUCCUGUCUUUUAUAGUGCUGUGUGUCACUUACCUCAAAGUGCUCAAAGUGGCAAGGUUUCACUGUAAGAGGAUCGACGUUAUUACAAUGCAAACUUUAGUGCUGCUGGUGGAUAUACACCCCAGUGUUCGCCAGCGUUGCCUGGAGGAGCAGAAGAGAAGACGACAGAGAGCAACAAAGAAGAUCAGCACCUUCAUCGGCACCUUCAUGAUCUGCUUCGCUCCCUAUGUGAUCACAAGGAUCGUGGAGUUAUUUCCAGCGGUGCCUAUCAACCCUCACUGGGGAAUUGUCUCCAAGUGCUUAGCUUACAGCAAGGCAGCCUGCGACCCCUUUGUGUACUCACUGCUCCGACACCAAUACAGGAAGACGUGCACUGACAUCAUCAACAGGCUGCUGAAGCGGAGCUCUUUGAACGCAUCGGGGCGCGGACACGAGAACCAAGUCAACAGCAUAGCAACUGCAGAGUGA